AUGGCAGGCUCGCCUGGGAAUCUUAUUAGUUUGGCAGGCGAGUCACCUCCUACGGCUCCCUCGUCAUAUACUCCUUCAUCGUUUGAAGACACGCGCGGCAUGUCCUCUGGCUGGUCUUCUCCCAGGCCUCCCAGCAACCUCUAUGCAGCCUCGGUAUCGCCUCCGACUGCGGGCCGCCGGCCGAUGAGUUUCCACAUGGCUAAAUCCCCUGCGGAGCUUCACGGACACUUGGGCGAGCCAGAAUCUAGGAGAAACUCAAUGCACUCGCAUUUUGCGCGUGCUGGGAACCCGCCGCUGCCUCACCAACCGCAACCCCACUUUUAUGCUGCCCCCGACUUUAACCUGGACACCCAUCGCCAUGACGGCAUCAAGGCGGGUGAACGAGGAUACUAUUUUGGAUACGACACCAUCGCCUCUCCAUCCCUGGACCAUGUCAUGAGGAACGACAAGGUCGUCUUGGCUGGAUACGAAGGGGGUUUAGAAGUUCACAAGCUGACAAAGGGAGGUCGUUUGGAACCCUUUGCGAGUUUGAAGGGAUUGCGCGGAGGCGUGUAUCACGCCACGGUUCUACCUUGGGUAGCUGCGCAAGCGGACAUCUUUCCGCUGAUAGCUGUUGUUGUUCAUGGUCCCGAUCUUCCUCCUAUUCAGUCAGCUCCUGGCUCGGCUCCCAAAACCGAGGGCGACUAUGAUGCCGUGUCUAAGGAUAGGUCCGAGGCCAUGGCUAAUGUCCCACUUGAUACUCCUAAGGAUACGUCUGGUGAUAGGGCAACGCCUGGUUUCAUAGAGUGUUAUCAGACGACCGUUGAGGUAUACUCGCUGAAGACCAACAAGUUAGUCGACAUUUUACUCGAAGCACCGAAAAUCCCCUUGAAAACUUCAGUUCUCAGCCCGAUCUUCCAAGCGCCCCUCCCGUCUGGUGCUUUCCACAUCCACGCAGAUGGUGGAAAUGUGGUCAUAUCGUCUGGAGUCACUGGCGAAUGCUGGGUGUACCAGCAGGUGGUAACGGACGAACCCGCGCCGCGUUUCGUUUGCCAGGGCAAGCUUUGGACAACACUCCAACAGACCCCGAGAGGUAGUGAGGGAUCGCAGGAUUUGGACCGGAAUUACACUCCAGUGCCGCCUCGUCCAUGGCCCCAGACUGCAAUUCUGAGCGUCAGAGGCAAAUGGAUGGCUUACUGCCCGGCUACGCCGUCUUCGCAGAUAAGUCUUCGAGCGACUGUUCCGGUGCCAAUCUACGGUCGGGCACCGAAUCUAUCUUCGCUGACGCCUGGUCAGCUGCCACCGGCUUCUUCCGAGAUUGAUCUUCCGCUGGGCGACAGUGUUGUGAACAAGAUUGUGCGAGAUGCGACCCAGGAGCUUAUUCAAGGUGCCAAAUGGGUUGGUAAGCAGGGUUGGCAGGCUUGGAACAGUUACUGGAACCCGCAAGCAAAUCUAACCAGCCGAUCUCCUGUUCUCGCCCCUCAAAGCUGGGGAGGAUCUGCCCAGCCAGACCCUUCUCAGUUUCCUCCGACACAUGGUGCCAUUACUCCGCCAGUCGUGAAGGAUCCGAACAUGAUCUCUAUUGUGGAUUUAGAGACACUGUCUUCAUCCACCACUGUCCAUCCGGUUACCAGCUUCCACAUUUCCCAGGGCUGCAGCUUCCUGUCUUUCUCUCCUUCUGGCUUGUCUCUCUUCACCGCCAGCUGCAAGGGAGAUGUCCAGACUGUCUGGGACUUGAUGCGUUUGCAGUGCACCAAAUCGUCGCCCUUGCAGGGUGCUGGCUUGUCUGCUACGGGAGGCCCAAGGGUACGCCAGGUCGCGCAGUUCUCCCGUAUGACAGUGACACGUAUUGUUGAUGUGGCCUGGACCAAGCCAAAUGGUGAGCGCAUAGCCAUGGUAACGGAACGUAGAACCGUUCAUAUCCUGGAUCUGCCGACAAGCGCUUUCUCGUGGCCUCCUCCACGUCGCCGGGUCAGGCCGAGUGAGGCAACAAACUCGGUCUCGGAAGGAAAUUCCGCGGUCGCGAUCGCUUCCAAUGCCUUGAGCUCGGUUCGUGAAGUUGCUCGGCCACUCAUCAGCCGCCCACGCAGGACUAGUAGUAACGGACAGCUGGUAGGAUCUGGAAUUGGCGACUAUGCAACACAUGGUGGAAAGGUUAUCGCUGCAAGCAUCAGUCAUUCUCUCGGCAAAACUGGACAUGCCCUCAACCAGUUGAGGCACACUGGAGAAAACCGAGUGUCCCUACCAACCAGCAACUCCGCUCCAGGGGCGUCAUGCGUGACGUGGGUGACGGGCAAGAGAGGUCACUUGCUCUAUGUUCUGGGCAACGGCCUCGUACGCUCUUUCGCGGUUACGAACCGAAGGGCAUCUGGAGGCGAGAAACGGGCUCCACGACUUUCUAGGUAUAAGGAUGUGAAGGUUCCUUUGAUGCCGGACCUCUCCUUGGCAGCCCGCGCAAAGGCCUUCAUUGAUCAGGAAGAGUACUACGAGUUCACGGAGAGGGACCUCGAUGCGGGCAAUGAGACGAUGGUCCUCGAUCGACAUCGAGCAAUGGCAAAGGUAACCAAUCUCGCCAUCCGGUCAUCGAUCCCCCAGGCGGAGAUAGAGUCCAGUGCGCCGUAUCAACCCUUCCACACUGAUCGGCGUGUUGCCCUAUACGAGCUUGAAGACGGGUCGGGCGUAGCAUCUCUUGACGACUCGGUUGUUGAGCCUGGUCAGAAGAAAAAGAAGGGCCCGCGAACUUCACUACCCGAACAUGACAACUCACAGUCAGGAGCCUUGCAGGCAUGGGCUUUCGGCGGCAGAAUCCAAGGAAGAAAGCUGAAUUUGGGAUUGCACCAGUUGGUUGAGGACGACUUCAUGUCCAACGACGAUCUGAGGGCUCUGCCUCCUUCAGCGAUGGAACGAGUCCUGGAACGGGACGGGGACACAGACCAAGUCGUUGUCACGACGCGUAGGAAGCGUGGGGUUUCCCGGUUGACGGCCCAGGACUAUGACGGAUUCUUUGAGGAUGAUUGCGAGGUGCUCGAUUUUGCGGACCAGCGGGUCUGA